CUCACGUCUAAACAAUUAAUAAAUGUUUUUACAAAAAAAAAAAACUAAAAAUAAAGGAAAAUCUGAUGUUAUAAAGAAAAUUAAAAGUAAAGAAAAAUCUGAAAAAAGGAAACGUUGCCUAAUUUGUAACGUAAAGGCCCCACUCACGUGACCCGGUCUUACUUACUACCUAACGGACUCGUCACGCAUUUAACGAUGUCCUCCUAACAAAAUUCACGGUACACUGGCAGAGUUAACGGCGGCAACCACCAGACGUACCUGACGUCGUUUACUCUCACGUCCGCAAACCUUAACCCUAACGGACUUGACAUCCGCCUUCCAUGGCAUCUUGUGAUGAAGAAUUCUCACUCAUCGGUGACGAUAACGCUACCACGUCUCAGCCUUCAACAAAUCCUAACCCCAAUUUAAUCCACCACCGUCAGCCUUUCGGUCACCGUAACAUCUCCGCCGUCAACAACGAAGAUGACGACGUCGUUUCCGCCGACGCCGACGGAUACAGUGACGACGCUUUUGGUUCUUCCCAACCAAACAACCCCACCCUCAACAACCCCAACAAUAUCAGCCAACAGACGUAUCGCAUCGUGUCGUACGAAUCCGACCCGAACCCGUUCGAACACGAUCAGAACCCGAAUAAAGCUCGAGGCAAUAGGCCAAAUGAGAAGCGCUCCGACCGGGAAGAAGUGAGCGACAGCGGGACGCCUUAUUUGUAUAAGCGAUCGAGAGUGUGUUCGUCGGCCACCGGUCAAGGCGGAGGCGGGGGAGUUGAGUACCGGAAAGAUAGGGAGGAAUGGAGCGAUCCUGCGAUCGCAUACUUAUUGGAUGCAUACACAGAAAAGUUUAUCAUCUUGAACCGGGGGAACCUACGGGGAAGAGACUGGGAGGACGUGGCGGCGAUUGUGACGGAGAGGUGUGGCAAACAGAGCAAGAGUGUGGAACAGUGCAAGAACAAAGUGGAUAAUCUCAAGAAAAGGUAUAAGUUGGAGAGGCAUCGAUUGAACAAUGGCGGCGUCUCGGCCAGUCAUUGGCCUUGGUUUAAACAAAUGGAAUUAAUUGUUGGGAAUUCUUCAUCUUCUGGCAAAGGGGCAGCUGAUGAUGAAAAAUCCGCUGGUGGAUCGGCUAAUUCAAGUAAGCAAUCAAAGAGAUAUGCGACGACGACGGCCGUUAGCCCCGGUGGUGUAAUUAGUAACGUAAAGUCGAAGCCAACAACUAACACUCGAUGGCGCAGAGUCGUCUUCAAAGUUAGUGGCGCCACUCUCUCUGGAGCAGCUCCUCACAAUGUUGAUCCCAAGGUAGCCCUGCUGGUGGCUAGAGAAGUUUCAAUUGCUUGUCGUUCGGGUGUUGAGGUGGCUAUUGUUGUUGGUGCUCGUAAUUUCUUUUGUGGGCACACAUUGGUAGCAACAUCAGAUUUAGAUAGAUAUUCUGCAUAUCAAAUGGGGAUGAUGGCAACUGUUAUGAAUGCGCUGCUAUUACAAUCAGCUUUUCAGCAAUUGGGUAUGCAGACACGUGUUCUUAGUGCACAUUCUAUGCCCAACGUUUCUGAGGCUUACUGUCGGCUAAAGGCCAUCCGGCAUCUUGAAAAAGGAAGAGUUUUGCUUUUUGCUGGUAUAGGAGGUGGUGCAGGAAACCAACUCUUCUCAACUGAUUUUGCUGCAGCUCUCAGAGCUUCUGAGAGUAUGAUCAAAAUGCUUUCCUAAACCCUCUUUACUAUUUGUUCUAGAUUGAAGAGGAUUUGACUCUUUGUUCUUUAUUCCCAGUUCAUGCUGAAGCUGUUGUGAAAGGUACAAAUGCCGAUGGUGUCGUUGUGUGUGAUUCUAGGAACAACAAUGUUACUGCUGAUCGUAUUUCCUUUACAGAGUUGAUAUCUGGAGGCAGCGGCCCAAUUGAUGGGAUGGCAUUAAAGUCCUGUCAGGAAAAUGCAAUUCCUGGUUGGUGUUCUCAAUCCUCCUCAUUUUGUCUAUUGUUUGAUGUACCAUGUUUUAUACUAAAUCCGAUCAUCUAAUAAUUUUUGUGUGCUGAAUAGAUUAGGUUGAUUGGGGGGUACAAGUCACUUUCCUUUUGUAAAUCUGUUUGUGCCAUGUCUAAUUGCAUGCAAAUUUGGUGCAGUUAUUGUCUUCAAUCUUCAUGAGCCUGGGAAUAUAUCAAGAGCAUUAUGUGGACAAGAAGUUGGUACCUUGAUUGACACAGGGGCCUUUAACUAGUAUUAGUUUCUGUUACCUGUAAUAUCUUUACAUGUAUAUGGUUUUUGGGGUUUGAUAUUUCCCAAUAGCUUGCCAAUGGAGAGCCCUGGGCUACUUCGACUUCAUCUCGAAUGGAGUCUUGAGUCCUAUUAGUUAAUUGGAUGUAAUCUAGUCUCUAAUUGAAUUACAAUAGCUAGAGUGGGAGAGUUGCAGCUGUAUUGGCUUGCUCCUUUGCAAGUUUUCCGUACACUGACUUAUUGUAGAUUAUAGUCUGGAACAGCACUAACCUGAUGGAUUAGGAUUGCAACUAAUAGAGCUGUUACAUACACGACAAGUUAUAUGUAACUUUCCUUAAGUUCUUUGAAUUCUGGGUGCCGGCAUGCUGCGCACCAAUCUUUAUUAUGCCAUCUGCUCUGGGAUAAAGGUGGUAUUUACUUGGGGAAAAUGAAAGAACUUC